AUGGAUCAUGAUGUACAGAAGCUUUGCUUGGCAAUGUGGAGAGAUCUGACCUCAUGGGCUGAAGAAGAUUGCCGCCAGCAUCUGAUGUUGUUUCAGGCAGACCAGCAAGGAGACUUGGAGGAGACCUCGUGGGCCUUCGUGCCUGCGACCGACGUGUUGCUUGUGGUGGGUGAAGGCUUGGUUGGCUGCGCGACUGAAGGUUACGUGGUGCAGGCAGAUGAAGGACAUGUGAGGACCUCUUUUGUAGACGCCUUGAAGAACUGGCGUGCAAACUUGCGGAAGAGCCGGAGUGGUGGCGAGGACACGUCAGACUCUGCAUUGAAGCUUUGGCAAGCAAAGCGAGCUCAAAUUGAAAAGGAGAUGAAAGAGUCUGAGAAGGAAGAGCCUGAUGAAGUAAUACCUGGAAAGGUGAAGAAGCCAAAGAUUGAGACUGAGGAGCAUGAGGCGACCAAGCUAAACCGUUCGCCAACCAAGGUGCUGCUUUUGACCAACUUUGCAACUGCCUCAGAAGGCGAGGAGGAGAUCCAAGAGAACGCAGAGAAGCUAGUGGAGAGCUUUGGGAAAGUCCAGCAGUGCAAGAUUCUGAAAGUGCCCGACGUGCCGGACGAAGAUGCAGUGCGCGUGUUUCUCCUUUUUGAAUCAGUGCAGGUGUCCUCGAAGGCGUAUGCAGCUCUGAGGGGGCAGGUGCUUGAUGGCCGGGCCCUGCGUGCACGCUUCUACGAUGAGCACCGCUUCAAUGAAGGCGAUCUACAGAAGUCAGUACCCAGCCGGGUGGUCCUGCUCAGCGGGCUGGCGAGCUUAGAGGAGCUGGACGGAGGUUUGAAGGACGAAGUCAGCAGCCUUGUUGAGAAGAUCUCUCAGAACCGCCCGCUGAAGUGCAGUAUCCAGACACGCAAAGACUUGUCGGGAGAUGAAGCAGUGCGGGUUUUCCUUGAGUUCGAAACCGUAAAUGACUCUGUGGAGGCUGUGAGCCAGUUGCAUGGGCAAGAGUUUGGCCUACGACGUAUUCGAGCCCGCUAUUCCACUGAGGCAAAGCUAUUGGAGCUCCAAGCGAAGUGA